CUUUGCUCCUCACUCUUUCACUACAGCUCCACUAGGACUUACUACAUUCUCUGAAAGCUCAGCAAACCACUGCAGCUGAUCUUAUUGUGUUUCUUUCCUAUUACACUAGCAAAUUUGUCAUGGCAUUUUUACCCAGAGCCCUUCUUCUGCUGCUGCUUGCAGAAGUUUGUAUUCAACUGAGUGGAGCUGAAGAACCAGAUGUGACACUGUUUGAAUCAACCAGUAAUAAAGGAAUUGACAGGUGCUGGUGUUUGAACAGUUUGAACAGAUAUGUCCCAAAAGAAGAAAUUGAAGAGUUCUCUAUUUUCCCCCGAAGAUCAAAUUGUGACAAGGUUGAAAUCAUACUGACACUAAAACCCGUGAAUAACUCACCUGAAGGCAUCCAGCGCUGCUUGAGUCCAGAAACAAAACAAGGAAUUAACCUGCAGACUUGCUGGAAAAACAAGAACAUCAACAACAGUCCCACUUUAAAGAUGUCCAGCUGCUUCCAGAUAUAAAGCCAUAAAUGAAAGUUGCAGAAGAGCACAAGAGGACAGAAGGGGUGGGGGGUGGGGGCGGACAUUCACUGGCCAAUCAGAAUCCUGGGUUUUGAAUUUUGGCCUCAAACAGCUGAUGGGAAAUCACAGAAGACCUGAGCUAAGAACACACUGAGCACUGCCAGUAACCGCCGGACGCAGAUGUUGUUGACAAAAGCAUUUGGAUUAGAAUUCACUUGCUGUAUAACUGAAGUACUGCAUGUAUCAUUACUCCAAUGAUUACUCCAAUGUUUCAAUGGCUACAUUUAAAUGGUUUUAUAAUGAAUUUUAUUUUAUAAUGUCAAAAGUUAAAAUGUGUUUUAUUAUUUUUGUCUGACAAGGCCUUUUAAUGUCAUAUAUAACAUGUGAUGUUAUUUUACACAUUUAUUUUCCAAAUCCAUUAUAUUUUCCUCUUGAUAUGGUUAAUUGUAUAGGAAACAUGUAGCAGUAUUGCAUAGAUAAUAGAUGUCGAUCUAUUUGCAAGACUUUUUAUGUGUAGAUUUUACAUGAGCUCCAUCUUCUGGUCAUGCCUAUAAAUGUACACUAAAAAUGCCUUAAAGUUUAAUGAUUGACAAAAUACUUAUUUAGCAGAUGCGUUUAUCUUUUUUUAAUGGUGUGUGCUUCGAACCUUUUUGGCUUCCAGCCCAGACCUUUACCCCUAUGUCAAUGAAUUGAAUUUAAAAUACAUCUGAAUUAAAUUAAAAUACAAUUGAAUUCAUACAUCAUCACACAUCUCAAUAUAUAUUUACAUGCUGUUAGAAAACUGAAUGAAAUAAGCAGGGGAAAAACAUUGCUUAUUUUAUUUUAAAAUAAAAGUCAUUUAUUUGCAAGCAGAAAAUAUAUACAAGUAAUAAAAUAUUUUUUAAAAGGU